GCAGCGGCGGGAACCUCGCGCCGCUUGGGCUACACGCGAGCCUGUCGCUGACCUUGGUGCUGAAAGCCCUUCACUUCCCUGUAAAGCCACUGAACUGUCACUUUCCACCGAAAAGAUGACCGUGCGAGACGAGGAUCAAUAACAAUUUAUUUACAGAAUUUGUGUUUUUUUUCUAAUCCGAUCUCGUUUUAAACUCGUCGUUUUAACGUGUGCGUUAAUGUGUUUUUUUUUGUCUGAGAUGGCAGCGCGUUCCUUCAUCGCACGUGGGGCGGUAUAUGAGUUUAUAAUGACAAGUAGACCUUGCCAGACCACUCUUGAUAUUUGUCUUGUGUAGGCGUUUUUUACUCGCUGUGAACACCGUGGUGAGUUUUCCUGAUACGUCUUACUGAAUCAUUGAUCCGCUGGGUAUCGGUACGGUAUCUUCUGCCAUCUCACACUGUGACAUGGUACUUUAACGUAAACGGGAAAAAACGACGGAUUAUUACAUUUGGUCAUGGAUACUCCGAAGGAGCCUGGUUUUACGCCCAGCAAAGAGGGGCUGAAACAGCUAUCAGGAAAGGUACUGGGGCACUUGCACAAGGUGUUAGAAAAGCGACAAAAAACUGGCGACAACAUUGAACUAACCGAAGAUGGACGGCCUGCCCAGACCAAAGAGAGAAAGGCACCUCUGUGCGACUGCACGUGCUUUGGACUACCGCGCCGCUACAUCAUCGCCAUGAUGAGCGGUCUCGGGUUCUGCAUCUCUUUCGGUAUCCGCUGCAAUUUAGGCGUGGCCAUAGUGAGCAUGGUUAACAACAGCACCAUUCACCUGAACGGAAAGAUAAUCAUCAAAGAGAAGGCAAAGUUUAACUGGGACCCUGAAACAGUGGGAAUGAUUCAUGGCUCGUUUUUCUGGGGUUAUAUUGUGACGCAAAUUCCUGGGGGAUACAUUUGCUCUAGACUGGCAGCGAACAGGGUCUUUGGGGCUGCUAUUCUCCUCACGUCCAUACUGAAUAUGUUCAUCCCCUCAGCUGCACAAAGUCACUAUGGCUGCGUCAUUUUCGUCAGGAUAUUACAAGGGCUUGUAGAGGGUGUAACCUACCCAGCAUGCCAUGGCAUCUGGAGUAAGUGGGCCCCUCCAAUGGAAAGAAGCCGGCUGGCAACAACCUCCUUCUGUGGGUCAUAUGCAGGCGCUGUCAUUGCCAUGCCUCUUGCUGGGAUCCUGGUGCAGUAUACUGGCUGGUCAUCUGUUUUCUAUGUCUAUGGCUGCUUUGGAAUUAUGUGGUAUAUGUUCUGGAUCUUGGUGUCAUAUGAGAGUCCAGCUGAACACCCCACCAUCACAGAGGAAGAACGCUGCUACAUUGAGGAGAGCAUUGGAGAGAGCGCUAAUCUGAUGGGUCCUUUAGAAAAAUUCAAGACACCUUGGAAGAAAUUUUUCACAUCCAUGCCCGUCUAUGCAAUCAUUGUUGCCAACUUCUGCAGGAGUUGGACCUUCUACUUGCUGCUCAUUAGCCAACCUGCAUACUUCGAGGAGGUGUUUGGUUUAGAGAUUAGCAAGGUUGGCAUGCUGUCAGCCCUGCCCCAUCUGGUGAUGACCAUUAUUGUGCCCAUUGGAGGACAGCUAGCUGAUUACCUUCGCUGUAAAAACAUCCUGUCUACCACCACAGUUCGGAAGAUCAUGAACUGUGGAGGCUUUGGGAUGGAGGCCACACUAUUGUUGAUUGUGGGUUACUCCCACAGUAAAGCGGUCUCCAUUUCUUUCCUUGUGUUAGCUGUUGGCUUCAGUGGGUUUGCAAUAUCAGGAUUUAAUGUCAAUCACUUAGACAUCGCUCCUCGAUAUGCCAGUAUCCUCAUGGGAAUCUCUAAUGGAGUGGGAACUUUGUCGGGAAUGGUGUGCCCUCUUAUUGUUGGAGCUAUGACCAAACACAAGACCCGAGAAGAGUGGCAGUAUGUGUUUCUUAUCGCUGCCCUGGUGCAUUAUGGUGGUGUAAUCUUCUAUGGCCUCUUUGCCUCGGGGGAGAAACAGCCAUGGGCGGAUCCAGAGCAGACCAGCGAGGAGAAGUGUGGCUUCAUCGAUGAAGAUGAGCUGGCUGAGGAAACAGGGGACAUCACCCAGAGCUAUGGUGCCCUGGGAGGUCCGGCCAAAACCUAUGGUGCCACCUCACAGUUGAAUGGCGGAUGGGCGGAAGGAUGGGAUAAGCGUGAGGAGUAUGUACAGGAGGGGGUGGAAGAAAGAGGUUAUGGAAACAGGCAGGGUGGAAAUUACUCUUAGACCGAAUACACUCACAGUCUACUGCACACACCUGUACAAGGACAUAAACGUACAGUGGCCACAAUAAUGUAUUUGGACAACUUAGCCACAUUAACAAUAGUUAACAAACAAUUAAAUGACGUGACAUCGACACAAAAUUGAUGCAUGAACGUUUCUCAGAGUAAACUUCCAUUUUCACAAAGACCUGAAAAAAAAUUGGUGCAUUUGUAAAUGUGACUUGAGUGUCCAUAUACUUUUAGGGCAACUGUACAUACAGCACAGUAUAAAAUUGUACGCCCACUGUAGAUUUUGUAGACGUUUGAGAGUUCUUAAAAAGAUUACAGAUUGACAUAUAAAAAGACUAAAAAUGUUAUAUGUUUGCACAAAUGAUCAAUUUAAUGGAGUAAAACAUAAAGGAUAAAUUAUACAAAGGAGAUGUAACAUAUCAAAUUGGCAGACUGUAAAUGUUCUAUGUAUUAAGAAGAGUGUCUAUAUUUCAAGUGCAAUCGGGUGUAAUGUUGUGAAAACCCCAUUAUUCUGAGCCUUCGAAACACAGAAGCCUAUAGAGCCCAGAACCAAUGCUUAAAGGUAUAGUUCACCCGAAAAAUUAAUCAUUUACUUACCUUCGAGUGGUUUCAAAUCUGUUAAAUGGCUUUUUUUCUGAUGAACACAGAGAAGAAUGCUUGUAACCAGACAGAUUUCGCACCCCAUUGACUACCAUUGUAGGAAAAAAACAUAAUGGUUGUCAAAAGUACACCAGAACUGUUUGCUGUCCUACAUUCUUCAAAAUGUCAAAAUUAUUUUUGUGCUCAACAGAAUAGAAAAGUAUUUUUUCUUACUAUGGGAGUCAAUGGGGGGCAAGAUCUGUUUGGUUAUAAGCAUUCUUCGAAAUGUCUUUCUCUUUGUUCAUCAGAACAAAGAAUGGUAUACAGAUUUUGAACAACUUGAAGGUGAUUAAAUGAUGACAGAAUUUUCAUUUUUGGGAGAAGUAUCCCUUUAAUUAAACUGUCUGGAGUUAUCCAUGGAGAAAUACUGCUGUAGAGAAUCCUAACCAAGCAACUGGUUUUCACAGUCUCUUUUUUUUCUGAUUGCACUUAGCGUCAUUUUACAGCACAACAAAGUGGAUUUUAUGUAUACCUCAUGGUGUGUUACUCAUCGUAUGUAAAAUAUUUAUGAGAGAUUAAAGAGGACUUUGGUCUUUGACACUGGAGAAAUAAAGCACAGUUUUUUAGAUGAUGAACAAAAAGCAACAAAAGUGUUUCUCUAGCUCAGCACGCCAUGUAGUAUAAUUAUGUAAUUCGAAAGGUGCGGUUCAAUUGCUUAUAAGGCUUUGGGAAUAGUAUUGAAAACAUUUGGAAAUUUUUAGCUGAAAUUUAAGAGCUUAACAAAGCACAGUGUGUCAAGGCUACACGACUCUUUAAUAUCAUUUUUUACUCACAUGUUCACUCCAUGCUAUUUUGACAUCUGUGAAUGUUAGUUAUGCAUGGGUCAAAACUGCUUUUGUUCUGCAAAAGUUGUGGUUUCACCUGUUGAGAUUCUUUUAGUUUAAACUGUUACUCAUGUGUAAAUUCCUUUGCACAAUUAACCAAAGGUAACUUGUACUGUGGGAUUUUAGCUGGAAUAGGGGACAGUUUCCGUUAAGAAGACAAGGAAAACCCUGUUAAAGGGGCUGUUAAAGUCCUUGCAGCAAGUCGUAACCAUAUUCAAUGUACAAAGCAAUAAAUCUAUGGUAACAGUUACUAGUCAGUUCAUUCAAAAAAAUUGUAACACAUUAGCACAUUUACUUGUAAUAAUUUUGGUUUAAGUCUUUUUGUGAUGACAAUUAAAAAAAAGUUAAACAAAUACUUAUUGUUAAAAGAUAUAUAUAAAAUAAAUAUAUUUAGAUUUAGCAAGAGCCCAGUGCAACUCUCUUUAAUGUGAAGAGCUUGUUUGUGCUGGGCCCACUCACCAGAAGAGAAUGAUUCUUAAGUGUCACCUGCAACUGAUUCCUUGUGAAACGCCAAGGUUCUCAGAUCUGCAGGUGGCCGCACCUCUGUUGUAGUUGUCCUGUAUGGUUGCCAGUGGUUGCUUUUUGGAAGUAUGUUAUUGUCAGAUAUCUUUUUCCGUUAAUCCUCUCUUUUGUACAUCCCUCUUGUUUCUGGUCUGUGUUUUGUCCGUGGCUAGAUAACUGCUCCCUUUCUCCCCUCUACUCCUUGCGUUUUCCUACUACAUGUUGCAAUAUUCGGUGACACGAGGAUUGUGUGUAAAGGUAUUCAAAAAUCUUAGAAAAUGACAGUAAUUUGCCUGAUGAUGUUGAGGUACCUUAUUCUCGUUCCCUGUCUAUGAGUGAAGUGUGAUUAUAUGGCUUAUUUUGCUGUGUUUUUGUAAAUGGAGAGGUAUGUUGAUGUGAAAUUG